UGUUUUUUCAGGAAAAAUGCAUUUUAGGUUUUCUAAUACAACAAGUCUGGCUGUUAUUUGAGGAACUAGAUAUGAAGGAAUAGUGCCCUGCUGUACUGAAGCAGAACUAAUUGGGUUGGAUGUAAAUGGAUUUGCAUCGGACGCCUUUAUCUUCCUUCUUUGGCACCUAGGCUGGAUGUUCUUUGUACCGACCGUGUCCUCAUAAGAUCAUUCUUGCAGUGCAUCUGCUCUACAGGAUGCUGCUUACAUGGACUUCAGUGAAGCAAUGCUUUGAUGAGACCGUUUCUCAGGCUUUAGAUGUUUUCACCACUGGUGAAAAAACCAACUGGAGGAGGACCUUCCUCCUCAUCCUCACCUGCAUUAUAUCCAGCCUCCUGCUCAGCUCCCUGCUCCUCCUGUACCUCCUCUUUGCUGUGGACUACGAACUAACGGUGGCCGGUUGGAUAACUGGCUGCUUUGGGAUUUCAUUAACUGUUUUCCUAUUCCUUUCAAACAGAGUGAGAUGUUUGGCCACUCUGUUUGUAAUAUCUAUUUUCAUGAAGAAGAGCAGGAACCUACUACUGACAGCUGGUACGAGUUUAGUUGUUCUUAAAAACAUUAAAAACACUUUGAGGAACCUGCACCUCCUGACCAAGAGCAUGAUUUGCAACCUGAAGGCCAAGAAAGCAUCCAUUGUUGCACCGUUUAGUAACUAUGUCAAGAUGUUAGAAUGGAUCGGAGGCAUUCUCAAAGGGGUUACAGACCUAGGAGUUGUCAACCUGGACUCGAAAUUGAAGGUUUCCCCGAGUAUAGAAUCGGAAGUGUUCAGGUUGAAGCUGAGCGAGGCCGAGCAGAAGCUGAACGAGACCGUGAAAUAUGUCCAAAGUGUCAUGGAAACCAUGUCCUCUGUGACGGACAAGACUUUUCCCGCUGUCAGCUUCCUUGUGCUUAUGAUGUUCUUAGCUGUACGAAUAAAAAAAUACUGCAAGGAUAUGAAGUAUAAAAACAGCUUUAUCAGCAGGAAGUUUGUUGUGUUUGAUGAGAAGCAGAAGGCUGAAGGGAAGCCUCAUGUUCUCCCCCUCACCUCGAAGGAAGAGAAGCUUUAUAAGUUCAUUCCUUCGGCCCGGCCCACCAUCAGUGAGGGGAAAGCUAUCAUGAAAUUUGGAGCCCCAGUAUUAUCCCACUUUGUAGCUUGGACCUUAUUUAUAACCAUGGAUGCCGUGUUGUAUUACUUUGUUGAUAUUAUUACGAAAACGUUAUCGGAGCUGAAGCCGUUCAACGUCCCACUGAUGCUCAAUUUCAAAGGAAUUGCUACUUUAAUUGGCGUACCAAUUGAUGAGGAAAACCAUCAAAUGGAUUUUUCCUACUCUGUGACCUUGUUUGAAAGGAGGUGUCUCCCCGAACCCGAGCUGCUGUUUUAUACCUCUGUAGUGCCACUGAGCGCCAUCCUCAUCACCCUGCUCAUAAUGGCCAUAAUGGCGGCCAAAACCUCCCAGCUCAGGCUAUUGGUCUGCGAGCAGUUCUUUUCCCACGCCUGUGACGCAAGGGUGGAGUUUCUACAUAGAAAAAUCCUGAGAAAAAGAUUAAAGCUCGUCAAGGAAGAAAAAGAAUCCAACAUUAGGUCAUAUAUUUCAAAGCUACAUUUCUGGUGUCCGAUGCUCUUCCCACCCAAAGAUGUACCUCAGAGUAUCACUUAAGGAUAUGGAUCUCUUUACCCAUAAUUCCAUUAAGCACAAAUCCAUGCAGGUCUGUUUAGGACACUGGAGGAGUUUCUAUUUACCAGGAUGGCUCUUCUUCACGAGGAAAGAACAUUGUUCUGGUUAUCUAAACUCACCUUUUAUUUUUGUACUGCAUAGAUGCACAAAGCCUGGAAAAUUUUCCUUUUUUAUGGCAUAGAUUAGGAAUGUCCAGAUCUGACCCAACGUAUUGAUCUGAUGUCUCUCUUCUCAAUGAUUUGUUCUUGACAAAACUCAAUAUCCAAGUGUUGUUCGAUGAUGCGUUUAAGUUAUUUUUUAUCUAAUCAAAUCUUGCAGU